AUGGUGGAAAAGGCCCUCGAUGACAUGGAGUCUAUACCCUUCGAACUUUCCCUCGGUGGGUCGACCAGUGUCAUACUUGACGACGAGAUGCUCCACGAUCUGUCACAAGGUCUACCCCUGCACUGGGUCGGCUACGGCAUGCGGCCCGUAUUCUCCACCGACCAUGAUGGAUUUUCUCUCAAUAGUCUCUAUCGGAAGACGGAGGAGGUAAAAAAUGUGGUCCUUUUGUUAAUCCGGGACACAACCAACACCACGUUCGGCGCAGUGCUGUCUGAACGCAUGCGCUGCAGUCUGCACUUCUAUGGAACCGGCGAAAGCUGUGUAUUUCAUUGGAAGCCCACCUUUAAGCGUUACGAUUGGACAAAGAAGAAUUACUUCUUCAUGCGUGGAGCGCCGGACUGCUUCCUGAUCGGUGCCAAAAGUGGCCACAGCGCUAUCUGGUUUGACGAAUCCUUAAAGUACGGCCGUAGCGAGGCUACGGACACAUUUGACAACCCCGUCCUCUGCGGGCAGUCCAUGCAUGCAGCCAAGGGGGUUAUUUCGCGGAUUCCUUCAAGCAAAUCCCUUCAGCCGAACGAUGUCUGUCUUUCGAGCGUACCCUUCAUUAUCGACCAACUGGAGGUGUGGGAGAUGUGUACCUGA